AUGUAUAUAUCCCUCCAGAGUCCAAGUGGCCACCUGGACCUGUUUGUUCGCUUCCUUCAUGGCCUCUGUCUGGAGUCCAACCAGAGAAUCUUAGGAGGUUUGCUGGGUCACACAGAGAACUGUCCAGAAACCAUCCAGAGAAUCAUCAACAACCUGAAGGAGAUGAACAGUGAUAGAAUCUCUCCAGACAGAAGCAUCAACAUCUUCCACUGUCUGAUGGAGAUGAACGACCACUCAGUCCAUCAGCAGAUCCAAGAGUUCCUGAAGUCAGAGAACAGAUCACAGAGACUCUCCUUGAUCCAGUGCUCAGCUCUGGCCUACAUGCUGCAGAUGUCAGAGGAGGUUCUGGAUGAGCUGGACCUGAACCAGUACAACACAUCAGAGGAGGGACGACAGAGACUGAUUCCAGCUGUGAGGAACUGCAGAAAGGCUCAACUUUCUAAGUGUGGACUCACAAAACAUCACUGUGAAGUUGUGGCCUCAGCUCUGAAGUCCAACCCAUCACAUCUGAGACAUCUGGACCUGAGUGACAACAAGCUGCAGGACUCAGGAGUGAAGGUUCUGUCUGCUGGACUGGAGAGUCCUCACUGUCGACUGGAGACUCUGAGGUCAGUGUUUUUCUGGUUUGUGUCUCAGCAGCAGUUUUUAGCUCCUCACCUCAAACAUCUACACUUGAAUCUAGAAUGAAAAGAGACUCACGUG